GUCCACGGUUGCCAGGGCAGCGCCCCGGAAGUAGAGCGCCAGUGACGGGCCAGUCGGCCAGGCUGUGGGCGGUGUCUUCCCGCGAGCAUCUUGAGUGGGGCUGGAGGCGGGCCUGGGACGCGGUGCGGAGCUGCCUUCCACGGAGGCCACAGGCGAGACCCCGAGCUGGCGUCGGUGAAAUCGAAGGCGACGUGGGCGGCCUGGUGCUCAGGAGGACCUAUGGGUCAUGGCGGGGAAGGUGAAGUGGGUGACCGACAUCGAGAAGUCAGUGCUGAUCAAUAAUUUCGAGAAGCGAGGAUGGGUCCAAGUGACAGAGAGCGAGGACUGGAAUUUUUACUGGAUGAGUGUGCAGACCAUCCGGAAUGUGUUCAGUGUGGAAACUGGGUACCGGCUCUCAGACGAUCAAAUAGUCAAUCAUUUCCCCAACCACUACGAGCUCACCCGGAAGGACCUGAUGGUAAAGAACAUAAAGAGAUACCGGAAGGAGCUGGAGAAGGAGGGGAGCCCCCUGGCCGAAAAGGACGAGAAUGGAAAAUACCUCUAUCUGGCACGGUGUGUCUCUGACCUCUCAGACUUUGUGCCGGUCACCUACAUGCUGCCCGCUGACUACAACCUGUUUGUGGAGGAGUUCCGGAAGAACCCGUCCAGCACCUGGAUCAUGAAGCCGUGCGGCAAAGCCCAGGGCAAGGGCAUCUUCCUCAUCAACAGGCUCUCGCAGAUCAAGAAGUGGUCCCGAGACAGCAAGACGUCCUCGUUUGUGUCUCAGUCGACGAAAGAAGCCUACGUGAUCUCGCUGUAUAUCAACAACCCGCUGCUCAUCGGCGGCAGGAAGUUUGACCUGCGCCUCUACGUCCUGGUGUCCACCUACCGCCCGCUACGCUGCUACAUGUAUAAGCUUGGGUUCUGCCGGUUCUGCACCGUGAAGUACACGCCCAGCACCAGUGAGCUGGACAACAUGUUCGUUCAUCUCACCAACGUGGCCAUCCAGAAGCAUGGGGAGGACUACAACCACAUCCACGGCGGCAAGUGGACUGUGAGCAACCUGCGCCUCUACCUGGAGAGCACCCGCGGCAGGGAGGUGACCAGCAAGCUGUUCGACGAGAUCCACUGGAUCAUCGUGCAGUCCCUGAAGGCCGUGGCGCCGGUGAUGAACAAUGAUAAGCACUGUUUCGAGUGCUAUGGCUAUGACAUCAUCAUCGACGACAAGCUGAAGCCCUGGCUCAUCGAGGUGAAUGCGUCCCCGUCGCUCACCUCCAGCACGGCCAACGACCGCAUCCUCAAGUACAACCUAAUCAACGACACGCUCAACAUCGCGGUCCCCAACGGCGAGAUCCCGGACUGCAAGUGGAACAAGUCGCCCCCGAGGGAGGUGCUCGGCCAUUACGAAAUCCUGUACGACGAGGAGCUGGCCCAGGGGGACGGCGCCGAGCGGGAGCUCAGGAGUCGCCCCGGCCAGACACCAGGGCCCAAAGGGGGCCGCUCACGAGACACGGGGAGGACUGUCCUCACCACCUGGAAGUGACCACCCUGAAGUCUCUGACUGGAGCAACGCCGGAGCCAGCCCCGCUCCCUGUCGAAUGCCUGCUGAGGCCAUUUGGGAGAUUCCUUUUGUCUAGUGCUUCUGCAUUCCUGGGCUGUGUAAAUAAUAAAGACACUCAUGUUUGGAA